UCACUUUGGGUUAUAUAAAAUCUGAACAAAAUACAAGUCAUAUUGGACCAUUUAUUAUUUAAUAUUGUUAUUGUCAUUUUUAAGCCUCAGAAUAUUUUCAAAAAAGGAAAAGAAUCGUCGUCUUCUUCCUCUUCUCUCUCUAUACGAAAGAAAACUAGAUUUGAGCCAUACAUAUAAGACGAGGAGAGCCCCUGCUUCCAUCCUGUUUCUAAUGGACAAGAGUUGCAGCGCCUCCGGUGACUCCUCCGCCGCAAGCUAUACGGGAAACAGAGAUAGUUACCUGAGACAGCUCAAUAAGCUCUCCCACAAGAUCUCCAAACCAACAUCCAUUACCACCGUGAAACACCCCGGGUUUGACCCGAACCCGAAUAACUGCGUUCCAUCUCCACCGCCGGCGAGCAAUCAUGGGAAUCUCCUCCACCAUCAUCAGCCUCCUGUUUACAACAUCAACAAGAACGAUUUCAGAGAUGUGGUGCAGAGACUCACCGGGUCACCUUCCCACGAACGGAUCUCUUCUCCGCCGCCGAUUCACCAGCCCAAGCCCCAGAGCUCGCGUCUCCAGAGGAUUCGACCUCCCCCACUGGCUCACCUUAGCAAUCGCCCGCUCAACCCGGCCAUUCCGAUGACCAGCGCGAUUUCGGCGGCACCGCUCUCUCCUCUCCCGCCUCUACCGCCGUCUCGUGAGCUCAACUCGGUGUCCACCGUGGAUUCCAACCCGAAGCAGUUGUCUGGGUUCUCACCGUUGGCUCCUCUGUUCUCUCCCCGGCGGUACCAGCAACAGGAGAACGCUCCGCCGGAGAGGGCGGCGACAUCAUCAUCGGUCCCGGCGCCACCGCCACCGUUGGGGUGUAUGAGCUCGCCGAAGUCUCAUUACGGUCUUUUUUCUCCGAGCAUACCGUUGUCACCGACGCCCGGUCAGUUAGGGCUUCCUCUGUCUCCGACGACGGUGCCUGUUCCGAGCCCCGGAUACAAAGGUCGUUGACCGGAAAAUACAGAGCACCAUAUCUCAGAAGCAGAUGAAAACGGUGUCGUUUUCAUGGGGGAGAAGCAAUGAAUUACUCUUGGUCUCUCUUUUUUUUUUUUUUGUAAAUGAUUAGUGGGGGGUGGAUUGGUUAAAUUGAAAUUACUCUCUUUGGACAAAUGGUUUGUCUGGUUGGAUGCUUGUUCAUAUAUAUACCAUGAUGGGUGGAAUUUUUGAAAGAUCACAUAAUGAGAGAUGUCUUCAAAGCUUCCUAGUUGUUACUUUUGUUCCCUUUUCAGCAAAAACGCGCAUCUUCCCAAGUGUGUUCUUCAGACUGACAAAGAACAUAGAUAGUUAGCUAGCUUCAUGGUAAAAUCAACCCCACAAGAAAGCUUCAUGAUGAUCCUGAGUUCGAAUCCAGCGUGGAAAUCCAGAGAGAUGAUUCAACUUGCCAUGACAGAAAUGAAAAUACAAACAAGCCAAGCCACAGA